AUGAAGACAACAACAGCGCUAUUUGUGCUCAGCGCACUGUCGACCGCGACGAACGCAGUACCAGCCCCUGUGGUUGAUACUGUGUAUCCGUAUACCGGCCCCGAUGUCCCUAUUGGCGAUUGGGUUGACCCGACCAUCAAUGGCAAUGGCAAGGGCUACCAACGCCUCGUUGAGCCUCCUGCUGUCAAACCGGCUUCGGAAAACCCCACGAACAAUGUCAAUGUCAUAUCAUUGGCAUAUCUGCCAGAUGGAAUGAAUGUCCACUAUCAGACUCCGUUCGGUUUAGGUGUUGCCCCAUCUGUCAAAUGGGGUACUGAUCCUAGCAAGCUGGACCAAACGGCAACUGGAAAUUCUCACACAUAUGACCGAACUCCACCUUGCUCUCUUGUUUCCUCUGUCACCAUGUGUAGUCAAUGGUUUCACGAGGUCCCAAUCAAGAACUUGCAACCAGGCACGACGUACUAUUACCAGAUUCCUGCUGCCAACGGAACCACUGUUUCGGAUGUCGAGAAAUUUACUACAGCUCGUGCUGCAGGACAGGAUGGCGAGUUUUCUGUGGCUGUCCUAAACGACAUGGGUUAUACCAAUGCAGCUGGAACACUCAAGCAGAUGAGCCUCGCCGUCGACGAUGGAGUUGCCUUCGCUUGGCACGGUGGAGACAUCAGUUACGCAGAUGAUUGGUACUCUGGCAUCAUUCCCUGCGAAUCCAGUUGGCCGUUGUGCUAUAACGGCUCUUCUUCCCAGUUCCCUGGUGGCGUGGUCGACAACCCGGAUUACCUUGAGCCACUCCCCGAGGGAGAGGUUCCCACCCAAGGAAGCCCACGCGGUGGUGACAUGAGCUCCCUUUACGAGUCUAACUGGGAUCUUUGGCAACAAUGGACCAACACCAUUACUACCAAGGUGCCUUACAUGGUUCUGCCUGGUAACCACGAAGCAGCAUGUGCCGAAUUUGAUGGCGGCAAUCACGAAUUAUCUGCUUACCUCAACGAUAACAAGGCAAACUCAACUGGUAACUCUACGAACUAUCUCACUUAUUACAGUUGCCCAGAAUCCCAGAGAAACUUCACCGCCUAUAUGAACCGCUUCAAGAUGCCUGGAGAUGAAACUGGUGGCGUAGGAAACUUCUGGUACUCCUUCGACUACGGACUUGCUCACUUUGUUUCUAUCGACGGUGAAACCGAUUACGCGUACAGCCCUGAAUGGCCCUUUGUACGUGACCUUAAGAAUGGCGAAUCCCACCCUCUAGAGACAGAGACCUACCCUACAGACAGUGGACCUUUCGGCAGAAUCGAUGGCACCUGGCAAGAUAAUACCGGAUACGAGCAGUAUCAGUGGUUGGCAAAGGAUCUUGCUAGUGUCAACCGUACCAAGACUCCCUGGGUCAUUGCCAUGAGCCAUCGUCCAAUGUGGAGUUCAAGCACCUCGUCAUACCAAACGUAUAUCAGAGCAGCUUUCCAGAAUCUGAUGCUCCAGAAUGGUGUGGAUGCUUACCUCUCUGGCCAUAUUCAUUAUUAUGAGCGUAUGUACCCUCUUACGUCUACUGGAGCUGUCGACUCGGGCUCUGUCAUCGACCAAAACACCUACAGAACCAACCCAGGUGUUUCGAUGACGCAUAUUAUCAACGGCAUGGCUGGUAAUAUUGAAAGCCACAGUAUCCUAUCUGGAAAGAUACAGCCCAAGACCGCUGUCCUUGAUAUGACACACUACGGAUUCAACAAGCUCACCUUUUUCAAUUCUACUGCAAUGAAAUUCUCCUUCGUGCUUGGAAAGGAUGGCUCUAUUGCUGACGAAGUUACUUUGCUUAAGCCUAAGGCUGGUGUCAGCUCUACCAGCACCUCUGCCUCUGCCACUGCCACCACAAGCGGCCUUACCACCCUCACUAGUGGUACCAGCACGAAGACCUGCAUUCUCAGAACAUCUUCGACGACCAUUGGUUCUGCUUCUACCUCCGGAACGACCUCUCCUACUACCGUUGAUUCCUCCGCCACCGAUACUUCAUCCCCUACCACCGUUGAUUCCACCGCAACCGAUACUUCAUCCCCUACUACCGUUGAUUCCACCGCAACCGAUACUUCAUCCUCUACUAACGUUGAUUCCACCGCAACCGAUACUUCGUCUCCUACUACCGUUGAUUCUUCCGCGACUGGCUCUGCCUCUUCUACUACCGUUGAUUCUUCCGCAACCGAUACUUCUUCUCCUACUACCGUUGAUUCUUCCUCGACUGGUACUUCCUCUCCUACUACCGUUGACUCUUCCGCAACCGAGACUUCCUCUCCUACUACCGUUGAUUCUUCCGCUUCCGCAACGUCGUCCGGCGCUACUGAUACCGCAUCGUCCUACACAUCCUCAACGGUUUACACUACUGUCACAUCUAUCAUCUCCUCUUGCAAACCAACGGUUACAAACUGCCCUUACACCACGGCUCCUAUCACUGUAACAGAUACCAUCGUCGACUACACAACUUACUGCCCCGUUAGCGGAUCGUCUACCGGAACCGUCGUUCAGACUACCCAUACCCAGGCAGCCUCCAGCGAUGUUCCAUACACGACAUCUACUGUCUACAAGACGACCACGUCCACUAUCAGCGCCUGUGCCUCAACAGUAGUAGACUGCCCAUACACAACUGCCCCAAUUGUGGCUACCGUUGUCGUUGUUGAUUACACCACCUACUGCCCCGUCGCAACUGCUUCUGCAACUACCCCUGGGGGAAGUGUCGUGGCUGUCCCAGUUGGAACUGCUUCUGCAAUCACUCCUGAAGGGAGUGUCGAGGCUGUUCCCGUCGUAGGCGGCUCCGCAACAACCGCCGAGGGAAGUGUCGAGACCGUCCCUGUUGUCGGUGGCUCCGCAACCACCCCUGAGGGAACUGUCGAGACUGUCCCUGUCGCCGGUUCCGAGGCCACUGGCGAGGCUGGCGUUGUGACCGGUGCUGAGACAGUUGUUCCUGCUGGCCCCGAGGCUGUUGCUACGCCAGUUUCUUCCAAUGGCGCUGCGGCUGCAUCCGUUGCUCCUGUUGCCAACACAACCACUACUGUCGGUACUGUUCCAGUGCCUGGUGCGGCUGCCCGUGUUGGUACUGCUUCAUUUGCCGGUGCUGCUGGUCUUGUUGCUCUUAUUGCUUAUUUCCUAUAA